CAUCAUCAUCAUCGAGUGGUACGCACAGACGCCUCCCUCACUGGCUCGGCCUCUCCCAACAAGCACCGCGGCACCACCCGCUCUAGCCUUGCCUAAGGAAGGCUGCUAUGCUCCAACGAAGGGGAAGGGCGGAGGGAGGCGGGGCCUCGGCUAGGACGGAAGUGAGCGCGGUGGCUGCGCCGUCUCUAUGGUGACGGCGGCCAGAGGCGGGGCCGCCAAGCCGGAAGUGGGAUUCAGGGAGACGGGAGCUGAAGGUUCCCUGCAGGAAGCAGCAUGGAAAUGAAAAGGUUAAGUGUCUCGCUGGUGGUGGUCCUGUUUCUUGUCCUGGUCCUGCAGAUCUUGUCUGCCAUUGACUUUGACCCGUAUCGGAUUCUUGGAGUUAGCAGGACAGCCAGCCAGGCGGACAUUAAGAAAGCGUAUAAGAAGCUGGCCCGCGAAUGGCAUCCGGACAAAAACAAGGACCCAGGAGCGGAAGAUAAAUUCAUACAGAUUAGCAAAGCUUAUGAGUUACUGUCCAAUGAAGAAAAAAGGUUGAAUUUCGAUCGCUAUGGAGAUGUGGGUGAAAACCAGGGUUACCCACAGCAGCAGCAGCAGCAGCACAGCCAAUUCCACCACUUCCACGAAAGCUUCUAUUUCGAUGACUCCUUCUUCCACUUCCCGUUCAACUCGGAUCGCCGAGACUCCUCGGACGAGAAGUACCUACUGCACUUCUCGCACUACAUCAACGAGAUUGUGCCUGAUAGCUUCCGGAAGCCCUACCUCAUUAAGAUCACGUCGGACUGGUGCUUCAGCUGUAUCCACAUCGAGCCUGUCUGGAAGGAGGUGGUUCAGGAACUUGAAGGGCUGGGAGUGGGAAUUGGCGUGGUUCACGCCGGCUACGAGAGGCGCCUGGCACACCACCUGGGAGCACACAGCACCCCGUCCAUUCUGGGACUCAUCAAUGGGAAGAUCACCUUUUUCCACAACGCGGUUGUUCGGGAAAAUCUACGGCAGUUUGUGGAGAGCCUUCUUCCAGGGAACCUUGUUGAGAGGAUUACAGAUAAAAACUAUGUCCGAUUCCUGUCGAACUGGAAGAAAGAGAAUAAGCCCCACGUCCUUCUCUUUGAUCAUAUGCCCCUCGUCCCGUUGUUAUACAAGCUGACGGCUUUUGCCUACAAGGAUUACUUGUCCUUUGGCUACGUGUACGUGGGGCUGCGAGGGACCGAGGAGCUGUCCAGCCAGUAUAACAUCAACGUCUACACCCCCACCAUGAUGGUGUUCAAGGAGCACAUUGAGAAGCCUGCUGACGUCAUCCAGGCUCGAGGCAUGAAGAAGCAACUCAUUGAUGACUUCCUCUCCCAGAACAAGUUCUUGAUGGCCUCCAGGGUCACCAGCCAGAAGCUUUUUCAGGAGCUGUGCCCUGCUAAGAAGACACACAGGCAGCGCAAGUACUGUGUGGUCCUGAUUACCGGGGAAGGAGACAAGUUUGCCGCGGGCUACGAGGCCUUUUUGGCUUUCGCCGUGGCCAACACGAGAGACACCCUGCGGUUUGUGCACAUCUGCAGCCACCGCCAGCGGGACUUUGCGCACGCGUUGCUGAUGGACGACGAAAGGUUUCAGGGAAAGUCAGCCGUGGUCAUCCUGGAGAGGCGGAACAACGCCGGGCGGCUGGCCUACCGAGUCCUGGAAGAGCCCUGGAGCGGCAGCAAAGAAGACAACUUCGUCCUCUUGGACCUUUUAGACCAGCUCAGGACCAACCCCGGCUUGCUCUCUUCGGACGCCGUUCUGCCGGACCUGAGUGACGAGCUGGCUCCUGUCUUCCUCCUCCGGUGGCUCUAUUCUGCUGCGGACUACGUCUCGGACUGCUGGGACAGCCUCUUCCACAGCAACUGGCGGGAAAUGAUGCCUCUCCUGUCCCUGAUCUUCUCGGCCCUCUUCAUCCUCUUCGGGACGGUUAUUGUUCAGGCUUUUAGUGAUUCGGGUGACGAGAGGGAUUCUACUCCUCCCAAGAAAGACGAUGGCCCUACCAAGAGCGAAAAGAACGACACUGGCUUCACGAAAGAUAACAGGAUCCCCAAGAAGGGCUUUGUGGAGGUCACAGAGCUCACGGACAUCACCUACACCAGCAACCUGGUGCGCCUGAGACCCGGGCACAUGAACGUGGUGCUGAUCCUGUCCAACCCCACCAAGACGUCCCUCCUGCAGAAGUUUGCCCUGGAGGUCUACACGUUCACCGGGAGCAGCUGCCUCCACUUCUCCUUCCUGAACCUGGACAAGCACCGGGAGUGGCUGGAGUACGUCUUGGAGUUUGCGCAGGAUGCGGCCCCCAUCCCCAACCAGUACGACAAGCACUUCCUGGAGCGCGACUACACGGGCUACGUCCUGGCCCUGAACGGCCACAAGAAAUACUUCUGCCUCUUCAAGCCGCCCAAGUCGGAGGACGGCGGGGACGUCCCGGGCGGGCCGGGCGAGGAUCCCGACCCCGGCGAGGCCCGCGGGAAGCCCCCCUCCUGCAGCCCGCAGGCCAAGUCGGCGAGGAACAAACUCAGCCAUCUCUCCUUGUGGAUGGAGCGACUCUUGGAAGGGUCCUUACAGAGGUUUUAUAUCCCUUCGUGGCCGUCGCUAGACUGAGCCGAGGCCUUGGCCGGAGGAAGUGGUCGCUGCAGACUCUGCGCGGGGACCCACCUGGGCCUCUCUUCUCCGGGCAUGACCUUGUGUCGGGUAGACAGUAGCUUUUUAGUGGAGUUCUCCUAGGCCCCGUGAAUUUAGAAGCCUCUCGCCCACCUUUCUUGGCCUAGGAGCGAUGGGAAUAAACGCACUGCCGCCCACUUGUGUACCAAAAGGUCCUCGCGUGCAGGGGCUCCACAAGUGGGGGGCCGGACGGCACCAGCGCCCCGCCCUCUCCUGCUUUCCCAGCCUGCCCUGCCUCUGCCUCUGGGGUCUCCUCCGCGAGCCUCGGGCCUUGCUGCUGUGGGGGACACUUUUUGUGCGUGUACCGUUUUUCCUUUUUUUAAAAAAAACUUUUGGUUUUUUGCAUUUAAGUGCAGUUCUGGCCACGCUCCUCUCCCCCUCUUCCCGCGCAUGCUACGGGGGGAAAGGGUUCUCUUAGUAUCGGGAGUCUUUGGUUUUACACACACACACACCCCGGCGCGUGGUAAGCAAUCUCGGGUGUGUUUGGGGGUAUCUCCCUUUUGUACCAAAUGGCUGAUGGGGCAGGAACGCGGGGAGGCCUGCCCCCCACCGGCAGCCUGGCGCAAUAAAUCCACUCGCAGUUUCGUGAAGCCAUCACGGGUGGGGGAGAGGGCCAGCCGAGCUGCAAAUACUGUACGAAACGAUGAGCCAUUGAAACGGUCGCUUCCUUCCGAUGCCUUCUUACUGCUCGUGGUCUGUGAUUGCGUUGUGAAAGACCUGCGUCUCUUCGCCCUCCUCGAACCCGUGCCUGUGUCAGUAGAAGCUGCUAGGAAUCGUGUGGAAGGCACCUUUAGAAGUCCUGCUUGUGCAUCUGGACUUUUUUUCGUUUUUCUUUCUUUUUUGAAGUGGUACAUCUCUAGGACGCUAACUAAGGAUGUUUCUUUGUAUCAAGGAACUUUAAAUUGCCUCUUAACGAUCGUAUCUCCCAGGUCAGGGGGUACGAUGCCCUUAACACGGCUGUCAAUAAUUAAAGGUUUCUCAGGCUUGCCCCCGCCCCGCCUGGAGGUUUUUGGACUACAACUCCCAUCAUCCCCCUGCCACGACAGCCAAAGGGGAUGAUGGGAGUUGGAGUCCAGCAUCAUCCCGGGUGGGGGGGAGAGGGCAAACUUAAGAGACCCUGUGUUUCAUGGAAACUUGAGUCUCCUGCGGGUAAAUAUCCCUCCCGUCCCCCGGUUGGGAGUUUCGGCCUCUCCGAAACUGGUCUUGAGUUGGAGGUAUGUUUACAAAGCUGCAGGGCUGCCCCCCGACCUCCUUCCGAGAUGCAGCACCCCCCAGACUGCCGAGUGACCGUCUGUGGGGAAUGGCUGAUGCCGUUUCUGCGAUUUAGUGUAAUCCAACAUCUCUCUCUGGUUGGUUUCCUCCUUUGGCCCUGAUCUGCCCAAUGAUGGUCAAAUUCCGGUACUCUGGACAGUGCUGUGGGUGGGCGUGUCCUGUUUUUGAAGACCCCUCCGUGUUUAAAACAACCAACCAAGCACCACGUCUGUAGCAUCCUGCUCCAUUGCAGGGAUCCCACACAGGCCUCUCUCCCUGAUGGACUAGCUCUCUCCAUGCAGGGAGUUUUCAAGCUGCAUGACUCUGCAUGAUCCCGCAUCCGGCCAGCUCGUUCCUGGUGCAGACGGGCUUGGCCAUCUGCUCUCUUGCGCUCUUGCCAUGCUGGCUGUCAUAACUGCGGGGAGGCCGGGUUUGUGUUCCAGGUCUUUGUGAAACAGAAGAUACAGCUUGUGCGGAUGAAGCCGUGAGGCUGGUUAAGUGACCCCGGCCUUCUCGGCAGAGCUGGUUUUGGUGGACUUCGCCUUCCCUUCUCACAGGAGUGGCUUGCUGGAGGCCCCCUCCGCGGAACUGGGAAACUGCUGCUGAGCGACCCGGCACAAAACUGGCUGGUGCCGUUCCGGAGACACUCUCUUCCCGUGCUGUGUCCGUCUUGUUCCCGGAUCCAUUUCUGUCAGUCCUGGCCAGCUGUGACGGUCUCGGGUUUCUGCAGAAGUCGGGCAGGGAGAUCUUGUUACGUGCCGUCGGAGUCCAGCAGAGCUGAACCUCAGCAUGACGCAGCCGUGCUGGGUCCGGAAGGAUCCCGCCUCGGGAAAUCAGCAAUUGGUUUUAGAGAUAGGGGUUCUUCCGGCCAGACAACUGGCACUGCUUAAUGAUUUGGGUCCUGUAAUAAAUCGCACGACAAUAAUGAUGAUCUACUGCAGGGGUGGGCAGACGUGGCCUUCCGGCUGUUGUCGAACCACAACUCCCAUCAUGGGGGUUGUUCAACAGCCGGAGGGCCGGGUUUGCCCACCCCUGAUUCGGACUGGCCGGUCCCAAGAACCCUGAAUGCUCCCGCUGCGCUUGGUCUUAAUAGGGCACACGAUUCUAGCGUGCAGCCGUGGAGCCUUCUGGUUAAAGAAAGGCGACCGGAGAGAAGCGUCCAUGGAAGGGGUUGGGGAAAGCCGUCUUUGAGAAAUGAGCUGCACAUCUUUUGAGGAUGCUCAGCGUGACGCUAACGCAUGGAUUUGACCAGCGGGGGUGGGCCUGCCCUUUUAUUAGGCUGGGAGAGAAAGAGCUUCCCAGGAACAGCGGCUGCCACAUCUCUGGUUGGUGGUGGUUCUUGUCCUGGUCCAGAAACUAGAGAGGUCUCUGCUCCUUUGGGCAGAGUGGAGCCCGGCUUCCAGCACCCAGCCCGUCUCAUGCCUGAAGUGGGCACUCGUGCUGAUGCUCAACCUCCCAGAGGUCCAGUCCGUGCAGUUCCGUGGGCAAGAGUCUCCCAGUUGGGCGGGACGCCCCAUUCAUAGGUGGGUCACCUUUGGGGCGGAGAGGAGGUCGGCACUCCAGCUCGCCAUCAUGCAGAGCGCGCGAGUGAUCGCCAAGUGAUCACUGCUCCUCACUUUGGGCCUGGGGCCAGCUCUCCUUUGCCAAAAGAUGUCUGCCUUCAGCUAAUUAAUCCAUUAAUUUCAUUAAGAGAAACUUGCAUCAUGAGACAAGGAGCAGAUUUCCCCUGUAGUUGGGCUUUCAUGGCUUACAGAGGAAAGGAAGGUUUCCCCUGCCUGAUAUCAGAAAGCGAAAAGCAGCCUUAUCCGAACUCCUAGAACCGAAUGUCAAUCCUCUCCUCAAGGGGAAUUUUAGUAGAGUGUCCGAUUCCACGUCUGCUGUUUUGUUUUUUUCCUUUGACAUGACCGUGGUAGACCCAGCUGCUCCCUUCUCGGGGCGGCCACCUUGUCUUCUGCACUCUCCCAAAUGUCAGGAACGACGGCUAGCCAUAACCCAGCGGUUAUGGUGGGGGAGCGGUUUGAAAAGGCAGCCACAUAUUUUGCACUUUUGAUACUCUUGUCAGGGAGUGGGGGAGAAGUAAUUUAUUGAGCAGAUUGUCUUAAUUAUUUUUAUUUUGUAUUUGUCAACAGGCACUGAGUUCUGGUUGGGUUUUCGAUUAUUGGUUUUUUUGUCGCUUUAAGACUCUGACAGAUUCGCAACUGAAAUAAACUAUUUUAAUGUGUGAUCA